GACACCUGUCCCUGAAGUGGCAGCAGAUUCUUGGUGGGCAGCUCUCAUAUCCUUGGAAAGGUGUGAAAGAUUACCUUCAGAAAAAAUAGCUUUUAUGAAGCCAGGGGGACUUUUUUUUCACCUGCUAGCCAUGUUCAAAAGCUCCUUAGAUCAAAGUACAAGUAGCAGAGAGGAGACCUGCCCAUCUAACACGUCAUGCUGCUCUGAUCCCAGGGAGUCCCAUAUCUGUUCAGCUUUUUUAAGGAAGAGAGUAUGUCCUCCAUAUUCAGAUUGUGGAAUAUCAUCCUCGCUUCCAUCAGAUUCUUACAAAUUCCUCACAUGGUGCAACAUAGAACAGCAUGACAUUCAAGGAAGUCAGCUACACUGCCCAAGAAUAAGAAAAGGACCCUCUGAAGAAUGCUUACUCUCCAGACAAGUGGGAUGCACCUUGGCUCCAAAGAAAAGAGUGCUUGAGAAAAACAAAUGGGAAAUGUGGUUGCAGGAAAACUGGGAAGAUUGCAAGAAACUGAACAUUUCAUUUCAGGAUUUGGGGGACCCUUAUCAAGUUGAAAAUUUUAAAAGGAUUCUUAGAAGACUGAUUCGAGUCGAAAUCCUGUGGUUGGUGGAUAAUUCACUGGUAGAUCUACAUACCAUAAGACUGCCAAGCUGCAGAGUUUUAAAUAUGAGCAAAAACUGUGUCACAUCGUUCAAGCAACUACCAAAGAUACCCCAAAUACAGCAAUUAUCAUUGGCUGAAAACCACAUUGAGACACUGGCUGGCCUCUCCAGUUUACGGAACACACCACUGGAGUCCCUCACCCUGAAGAGGAACCCCUGUGAAUUUCAUCAAAACUACAGGAAACAAGUGUUCUUCUGUUUGCCAAACUUAAAGAUUCUGGAUGGGAUCUUGAAGUUACCAGAAGAUUGUUCCCCACCAGAAGAUAAUAUUUUUUCAAAAUCAUGUAUUUUAUCAUAACACACUCUGCAUAAAAAGAAAACAAGUACUGUUGUUGAUAAAUAGCUAAAAAUAAAGGUAUUUCAUGAUUAAACACUA